UUCUCUGCUUUUGGCGCGGUCUUGAUAGCGGCGUCGGCCAUCUUGGAAUCACAUCACUGUGUCAGGCAACUGUCUAAGUGGUGAAGCAAACUCCGGAUUAUCGAAAGAACCGUUAUGGCGACUGUUACUCCAAGCCGUGAAGCUGGCCGGUCGGCGGCCUCUACACCUCUUUCCCCAACCCGGAUCUCUCGCUUACAAGAGAAACAAGAUUUGCAGCACCUGAACGAUAGGCUGGCCGUUUAUAUCGACCGUGUCCGGUCUUUGGAAUUGGAGAACGACCGGUUGAUGGUCAAAGUGUCCGAGAAAGAGGAGGUGACUACCAGAGAGGUGACAGGCCUAAAGGCUCUGUAUGAGGCAGAGUUAGCUGAUGCUCGACGGGUUUUGGAUGAAACUGCUAAAGAGCGAGCCAGGCUCCAGAUAGACCUUGGCAAGGCUCAGGCUGAGCUCGAAGAGGCCAGACGCAGUGCAAAGAAGAAGGAUAGUGAUCUUGCUGCAGCAGUGUCCAGGGCCAGUGGUUUGGAAGGCCAGUUGAACAAGAGUGAAGCAGCUCUUGCUACUGCUCUAAGCCAGAAUGCUGCUCUGACUUCUGAGUUGGCUGAUGUCAAGAGCCUGUUGGCUAAGGCCGAGGACAGCCAUGCUGUUGCUAAGCGCCAGCUGGAGGCGGAGACACUGAUGCGUGUAGACUUGGAGAACCGCUGUCAAUCACUGAGUGAAGAGCUGGAGUUCAGGAAGAGCAUGUUUGAAGAGGAGGUACGUGAGUCCCGGCGUCGACAGGAGCAGAGAAUAGUGGAGGUAGACUCUGGAGUCAGACAGGACUAUGAGUUCAAACUGGCACAAGCUUUACAGGACCUAAGGAGGCAACAUGAUGAGCAAGUUUAUCUUUAUAAGGAAGAACUGGAGCAAACCUUCCAGGCCAAGUUGGAUAAUGCCAAGGUGUCCUCAGAGAUGAAUGACAAGGCAAUGAGCACAGCCAGGGAGGAGGUGCAGGAAUCCCGUAUGAGAAUAGAGAGCCUUGGAUAUCAGCUGAAUGCCCUGCAAAAACAGGUGGCUGCCUCAGAGGACCGUAUCAGAGAGCUGGAGGAAAUUCUGUCAGCAGAGCGAGACAAACACCGCCAUGCCAUAGAAGGAAAAGAACAAGAGAUGAGUGAACUGAGAGAGAGGAUGAACGCUCAGCUCAGCGAAUACCAGGAGCUGUUGGAUGUGAAGCUUGCCCUAGAUAUGGAGAUCAAUGCAUACAGGAAACUACUGGAAGGAGAGGAGCACAGACUGAAGCUGUCCCAUAGCCCAUCAGCUCGAGUUACUGUUUCCAGGGUUACAGGAUCUUCCUCUUCCCGCUCCUCCAAGAGGAAGAGAGUGGAGGUAGAGGCUAAGGAUGCACCAGAGUUGGGAAGAGGGGAAGGACAGCUGCUGGUGUCAGAAGAGGCCACAGCCAGUGGAGCAGUCACUAUAUCGCCCACUGACAUGGAUGGAAAUGCAGUCACACUCACCAAUGAUACUGAACAGGACCAGCCUUUGGGCAACUGGAGGUUGAAGAGACAGGUUGACAAUGGGGAUGAGGUCAUCUACAAGUUCUCCCCAAAGUUUGUCCUCAAGGCUGGGCAGUCAGUCACGGUGUGGUCUGCUGAUGCUGGUGUGGCCCACAGUCCACCAUCUGACUUGUUAUGGAAGAGCCAGGCUUCCUGGGGCACAGGAAAUGACUUAGUUACUUCUUUGAUCAACGCAGAUGGCGAGGAAGUGGCCAGAAGGAGUGUAACCAAGACUCAGGUGGAGGUCGAGAAUGGAGACGAAGAGGAGGAAGUGGCACAAACAGGCAAAGUGUCAUCCAGAGAGUGUGCCAUCAUGUGAAACCUUCCUGUUCUGUUGAUGGCUUUGACUUCUCCAGUAUAUAUAUUUUUUCUAGAUUCUCUCAGAUGUGAUCCUGUCCAUUGCCUCAUCAUUUGGUGUUUUUAUUGUUUAAGACAAUAUAUGAACUUUUGGAUUAGUGGGCUCUGUUUCGACUGCUCUCCACAUCUGUCAUUUCCUCAAAUGGUAACUAGCAUCGCCAACAUCUGUGCAUCACGCAGAGAUGAUGGAUCCAAACUGUUGUGUUGCAUCUGAAUAUUCCCACCCCUUCUGUUACUCCUCUACAUGUCAUUGAUGUAAUUCCACAGGCUGGCUUUCAUUCUUCUACAACAAGCAUUUUGGCCUCAUUGUUCAUCACUAGCUGAACAGUAUGUAACAGUUGACAUCAACUAAAAGAACUUGUUUUUUGAGUUGUCAAGAAAAGGACUUCCUAUCUACAACCAUAAAGAUAUCACAAGUGUUUUUUUUUCCUCCACAAUCAAGACAUUUCUGACCAAGAGGUCUUACAGGUUCCCAUCUGUAACAUGUACUUGUGUGGUUACCUAGGUAGAUUUUGCCCAUCUGUACAUUUUCCUUUGUAUUUGUUUUCCUUUGAAAGUAGGAAUGCAAGUAGAAAUACAGGACAGAGAGCUUUCUUGUGUGAUUGUGCUGAAAACAGAAUUCCCCCUAUCAAAUCUUAGUUUGCAGUUCGACUUGGUUUGUGGUUAGUAACUGUCAGUAAGUGUUUGACUUCUGACCACCACAAAUGAAACCCAGACCUUUGGAACACACUUUGUCUUUAAAUGACCUGCUGUCAGAAUCCUGAUCACAGUCCUGAAGCUGGUCCAAAAUCCCUCUGCUUUGUCUCCGCCCCCCUUUCCCUUACUCUUACUUGGAUCUUGAAAGCAAUGAAAUGUGAUUGUUCAUCUAAUCGGUCUUACUUGGCAGAACCGAACAGAACUAAAGACAGACAUUUGAAAGGUUUGGAGAUGAGGUGUGUAACGUGAUGUUAUCUUCCAGUUAUGUCUUAAAGCUGUAUUUCACAGUUAACUGUUGCUAUUACCUGUAGGGACUCUACAGCAGGGCCACUUCUUCUUCAACAGAAACACUACAGAUUCAUUUUCACUAACCUUUGAUUUCUAAUAGCAGUUAGAUUGAAAAAGUGGAGAAUCAGUUGUCUCUGCUUCUUUUGUGUGGUCUGUAGUGGAAAGAAAAAGUUCUGUCAUGGAAAGCUGACUCCUGCAGGCAGCCCAACAAAAAUCUUUGAGCUUCAGGUUGGUGAAAUGAGCACUUUUUACAAACCAUGUAAGCUGUGAUAAAAAUGCGUUGUACUGUCUGGAAGCCCUUGGUUGACAUGUUGCUUGCCCAGUGACUUAAGGGCAGUGUGGUGUCAGUCAGUUAUAUGGCCAGUUAAUAUCAGAUUAUUUUGACAAAAAUACUGGAAUGAAAAACUCAAAAGUGUACACUAGUAUCUGAAGACCCGCAACAAAUACAGCAUCAAUAAAAUCCUCAACAGUGAAGGGGACUAAUAAUGUGGUUUUUGCGAAGUGUCUUAUCAUGAACAUCAUAGUCAUUCAUUCUUCAGUCAAACAACAGACUACCAACAAACCUUGAAAAUACGUCGCUCUCAGGUUUGCUAGACGUUCAGUCUCUUUGAGCCAAAACACUGAGCUGAAGCUGCACACAGAGCAGCAGAUCAGACCAGUGACAUGAGCUGUGAGCACACAGACAGGAGAGAAAUGAAACUGAAACCUGACUUCAUCUGGUAAUCAUGUGAUGUAAUUAGCUGUGAGAAGUAUGGAGCAACACUGCAGACUGGAGUCUCCCAGAGAGGUCUCUGUGACAGCUGUCUCUUAGGACUAGAUCCACAUGCAUCUACUGUAUGGAAGGGUUGUGUGUGUGUGUUUGCUGUGUUAGAAUGUUUCUCAGACAUCAGCUCUGUUGUAAUGGUUACCAGGUUUUUACUGCUUGAUAGGACAGAGUGACUCAGGUUGUUUCUGCUGGCUUCUUUCUCCUUGAACCAUGCAAAGCAACAACAAUUGUCACUGUUAAAAUACAUAAUGGGCAAAAUGUGGCCGGAGUUAUGACUAAUGGAUGUGGGUUAUUUUGACCCCUUGUUGGCUCACUGAGAUAGUUUAGCCUUGUGACUGGUUCUGUCAGAAAUGUUUAACUGACAUAACAUUGCUCCAUUUUUUACAGUAUGCACAAGGUAAACAGUGAAAACAACACUUGAAUGAUACAGUGUCAGAGGUGAUAUUCUGAUUGAUGACAUUAUAUCUGUAUUCUCAUGCAUUGUUUUAGAUUGCCGUACAUUGUACGACUGCUGUUCUGUGUGCCAUCUUGGGAAACUCAGUUUUUCUUGUGUGUUUGUAUGCUGUGCUCUACGUUACUAGUUAUUUUUCUAUAGUUAUUGUCCAUGUUAUCAGUUAUUUACAUGAAAUAUAUCAGUUAUUAUUUUGUGUUUAGGAUUUCUGGGGUAAUUGAGGAUGGGUGUUCAUGUCCUAAAUGGAAAACUGACUUUUGGGCUAAAAUAUAUUUCAGGAUUAUGAUAAAACAAUACUGAACACUAUUCCUGUUCUGCUGUGAGUUUAAAGUCUUCACUUGCUGGGUGAAGGAUAUGAAAAUGAUUUUCUGAGUUUCAUAUUGGCAGAAGCAAUGACCUCUUGUUUAAUGAUAGAUUAGUGAUCAACUUUGAACAUCUGACUUAGAUGAAGUCUGGCAGUGUUAGACUGUGACUAUGAAGUUAGUACUGCUCUGAUUUUGAUUGCUCUACACAACAGAGACAUUGUAAAACACUGAUGCACAGUGGUAAUUCAGUCCCUCCAGGAAUUCUCAAUCUUUCACUUCAACCACAACAAUAAAUGCAAAUUCAAAUGAUCCCUGGUCAAAUAGUUUAAAUUCCAGCAAAAAUGAUUUCUUUUGGAAGCUUUUUUAAAUGUAUUAAUAUACAUGGUUAUCAGUUUGUUCUUCAAAUAGUAACACAUUUGCACAUUUUAAAUGUAAUUAAAAUGACAGAGUUUUAACAACUCAGAUCCUGGAGGGACUAUUAAAUGUCAUGGAUCUGACCAGUUCCUCCACAGUAGAAAUGUAACUGUGAUAGUUCUGUUGAGAUCCAAGUUUUAAUUAGUAAAGCAGAGACAUGGUAUUGUCAAUGUAGGGGCGCGUGCUAAAUGUCAGUUUUCAUCCAUGAUUAACUAUUGUUGAACUACUUUUUGUACACACAAUAAAUGUUUUACAUAUA